GUCGACUUCUUGUUCCUAGCAUGCGAGCCACUUGUUGUGGUUACCGAUACUCGGCCAAUACCCGAAUUGAUCCAAGAGGUCAAAUAGUUGGUCAAGAUACUUGAGGAAGAUGUGUUUUCUACCAUCGUGAGCCAUCUUAUGCCUAUUUACGAGGCACAGAAGCGGUCGCAUCGCCUCUUGCGUAUCCUCGCUCGAUUCUCGUCUUCCAAAAAACUAGUAAAUACACUAGACAACUUGGCCAAGCCUCUGGAUCCAUGGGGAGACACGACUCUGAUGCGCAAACUGCAGAUGACGAGCAAGCACAUUGUGCUUUGUCGAGCUCUGGUUCAGCCCCCUCGCCAGUUAAUAGGAUGGAUGAAACUUUUGAGGAAUCCGGUCUGGGACGAUGAUGUACACUUUACCUCGGGAGACGUCUUUGGCUGGGUUCCUCUGCAUUAUGCGUCUCUUCUCGGGGACUUCCUGUCAUGGUACGAGUCGGCAAUUUUCUGGAAGAUAUGUACAAAAACGAGGGAAAAGCGUCCGGUCUUUGCGCUUUUGGACCGACUCGGUCGCAGCCCAUUGCACAUUCUUGCUGAAACUGGGAAACGACAACAGCUGCAGGUUGUCUUGCCAAACGGGCGGUAUCAAAGAUCCCAUGCAAUUGGGAGGGUGAGUUACGACCAAAUGACUCUACUACAUCUAGCAUCCUGCAGUGGAAAUGCAGAUUGCGUUGAGCUCCUAGCCGAUAGCAUGGAACUCGAGGCUCGCCGCUCAGUAGAUCUCUGGGGCCGCUCCGCUCUUCAUCUUGCGACAAAGUCAAGCAAAAACCCCGAUGUGGCAAGAAUUCUUCUGAGAUACGGCUUCCUGGACAAGAUUCACAAAGCGGACAAGUUCGCAAUGACACCGUUUGCGUAUCUCCUCAUGCAAACGGAGGAGACGGUUACAAAAUGGCUAUUUGCAAGUGAUAGUCGAAUCCAGAGAUCACAACGGAGAAGUUAUUGGCCGAGGUUGACACUGUCGGCAGAUCGACUCUUCAUCUCGCCGCAUCAUCACGAAGCGUUCAGCUUAUGGGAUUGGUGUUUGAGAAGUUAGAACAAGAAUCCGUGAAACUGGCGAGUUCUACAGACAAUUUGGGCAGGACGCCUCUCCAUUACGCCAUCGACCAGGAGGAACCAAACAUUUAUAUCGUCCAAAGUUGGUCGAAAAGGCCCCGCCAAGUAGUUUGGCUUUGAAGGACAUUGAU